AUGAGCGCCAUGUUCUAUUUUGUUCUAGAUGUUAUAAAUGACUACCACGAUAGUAACUUCAAAAAAAAUUUUUACAUUAAGAGCAUACGAACGGAUGGCAACUGCCUGUUUAGGGCUGUGUCGGAUCAGCUGUACAACACCGAGGAUAACUACAAGGAGAUAAGGAAGCUAGUGGUGGAUCAUCUACUAAGGAACGAGCAAAAGUACCAGCACUUCAUCGAGUACGAUGAAAGUUACAAGUCUUACAUAGAGAGAAUAAGUUUGGAUGGGACGUGGGGCGGCCAGCUGGAGCUUCAAGCAGUGGGGGAGCUGUUCAACGUGAACAUCCUGAUCUACCAAGAAAACGAGUGCAUCCUGGAGAUAAAAAAUCACAGCGAUGAGGAGAAGUGCAUCCAGCUGCAUUACGCUUCCAGUGAGCACUACAACAGCGUCCGGUUUAAAAACAGGGCCCUGGAAAACCAGCUCAAGUCAAUCGUGGAACUCCGCGAAAUACUAAACAACAAGGACGAUAGCGAGUCCACCAAGACGUUUUACGAAACGACGGACAACGAGCUGACCGAAGACAACGGAGAUGACCUGUCUGACAAUACGGGAAACGAAAAUAAUAACGUUAAAGAAUGGAUUGACGAGAAAGAGUUCACAUUUAACAGCUCAGUGGAGGAGGACUAUCUACAGUAUGCGUGCCCCCACGAGCACAAUCGAAAUAAUAUUUUCCCCCUCAGUGAUGAUGAAACGGAGCCUUGCUCAUUCGAUAUCCUGCAGAAUAUACAUAACGGUAUUAAAAGGAAGGGCAUGAGGAGCAGAAGCAUGCCAAAUAUUAAUGAGAGGUUUCUUUAUUUCUUCUCCAAAAAUAAAGUCAGUGAGAGCAUGGAAAGUGACAGCACCAUAGAUGUGCUGAAUGAGAAGAAGGGAUUCGAUAUGAGGAAGCCAAAAAAGAACGAAAACAGGAAGUUGAAUUUUUUGAAGUAUAACUAUAUUGGUCAGACGCCCGAUGAUCUGCUAAGUGAAUACGUGUCCUCCGCGGGGACGACCAGUGGGGAGAAGAGAACCAUCCGCAUUUGCUACAACAAGACGUUUUACAAGUAUCUGUGCAUGUCCAAAAUGGUGGAAGUCGAGCCUAAGCAGCGGGAGGAGAAGGUGGGGAAAACGCUCGAUCUGCUCAACGGCCACUACGUGUAUAACCAGGCAUACAGAAGAGCGGCACAAGCGAAAGAAGCAUCAGCGAAAUCCUAUGACAGAAACGAGGACAACCGGAACGGAUCCCCAACGGGAGAGUCGUUUACCCCCCUGAAGCAUCUACACUGUGCAGGCAGACAAGGAUACAUUUCGAACUACGAAUUGGAGAACAACUUUAGCAGGACGAAGAAAAAAGAGUUCGAGGAUUUUUUAAAUCUUUACAGCGAAAAAAUUUCCUACAGCGGGAACUCCUUCUGCAAGAGUAUGUCCACCAGCGACUCCAAGUCGAGUCAUGGGGAAGGGUACACAGAUGGGAUGGCCCGGAUGAGUGAACAAGCCAAUUCUCAGUACUUAAAUUAUGAAUACGCAAGAAGCUUAUCAUUGAACAAAACUUCCGGCAGUAAUGAACAGGUUACGUCUCCUUCCUUUUACUUCGAUAAGGACUCCAUCAGUUUGGAGUUUCGACCAGAUGUGUAUGCCAACAGAGUUGAGAGAAAUUAUUUGGCAACAGGGGAUGAUGAGGCCAACAAAUGUGUCCUACAUAAGAAUGAAGAAGGGAAGAAAAUCUGUUCCAAUUUGGCGAGGAAGCCUCAGGACAUCUUUGAUAUAAUAAUCGAUGAGGAGUAUGUCCUAAGCGUGGACAGCAAUUUGUUGUUUUCUCACAUUGGGAAUAGGCACGUGGGUCGAGGGGGUUGUUAUAAGAAGAGGUGGGGUACCCAACAGGAGGAAGUACUACCGCAGAUGAGUGAACGUGGAGGAGCAAAAAUAUCUUACCCUGUUGGCAGCUCUUGUGUGUUAAACUCGCGGGCGUCUUUUUCCGGUUCGAAGGCGUCAGGAGGGGUGACGACUAGCCAAAUUGGCAGCAAAGUUGGGGGCGACCAUGAUAGGGCAGGGAGCGGGCCCAACUGCAGGAUCAGGAGGAGGAAUAACGAAGGGAAUUGUCCCAGUUGGGAGGGAAGUGGAGACACAUCCGGACAUUCGCAUACAGACGCAUCCUCACACUCGCGCAUAGACGGUACCCCCCGAGGAGGCCUCAACACGAGGGACCUUUUCCUAAAGAAGAAAUACCUGAACAGAAAAUUUGUCAACAUGUUUUCGAAGGAUGUCCAUUCGAAGGGUCUCUUCCACUUUUUAAAUGCCGACUUUCUACUCAGUGGGGGCAAAAUAAAAUAUAUCAUCCCGUUCCUGUUUAAUAGGAAGCAGAUGAAUAUAUUUAAGGACAAGCUGAACAGGAAGGACCUCCACUUUUACGACUACGUAACUUUCUCCUUCAAUCUGGAUGAACAAAAGUUGCGAAAGAAAAUUGAAUUUUCCAAAGUUUUAAAUGAGGAAUUUCUCAUUAAGGAGAAGCACAAAUAUAGUAAGUUCACACGGGGGGGAAUAGCAAGUCGUCCUGCUCUGUUGGGAGGGAGAACCGAGUGA